UUUAUGUUUUAUUGAGGAUUUCAGGUCUUCCACCUUCCUAAUUCUUAAAUAGCCAAGUUUCCAUCUAUUUCCCAAAUUUUCAUCUAUUCGCAUAUUGACUCGCAUGUUCCUUUUUGCAUAAAAUAAUUGGAAUUAAAAAAGGAAAUAAAUUAAAAUGUCAUUGGCUGAACCAGGACCGGACUACAAAUUAAGUUAUUCGAAAUUGAAUCGGUCUCUGAAAAACCAGGCAUGCGCAGAAUUCUAAUUUGUAAACGCUUUAUUAGCAACAAACUUCAUUUCAUUUUGUACAGAAAAGAUUCGAUCAAAUUUCAGCGUAGUUCAAGCUUUAGAAAUCACUUUGAACAUGCUCAGAAAUUGCGACAACGAAUUCGAUUUUCGAACCUAUCUCAAGUACUGUAAGAUAUGCCGAAGGGAAGACAAAAUCAAAGCUUGCAUGGCAAACGAUUUGGCGCGAAACGAAUUGCGCACCCCCUUAAUGAGAUUGGCGAAUUCCUUUCUUCACUUCACUUAAUAUUGAUGAAGAAAUCGUCUGUGAGUUUUUAUCCGAUCGAUGGCCCACUCUGUUUUGGGUAUGACGUCAUGGGGGGCGCAUGCGCUUGACCAAAGAGAACUUCGGUGCAUUUGCGGGAUUUCGCAGCUGAUUCACGUGAGUCUGCAAUAUCGUUUGCAUGGAACUGUUGUAUGGGAAUUAAUUUCGAACAACAGAAUGCAAUAAAAAAUGCAGUUAUUGAAAUAUUGCAACUGUGAAUUAGAACAUCAAAUGGUAUCAAAUUUUAUUUAAGUUAGCUUUUUACAGAAAAAGUGCAAUGGCAGAAACACUGUUGCCUAUUUUCUUUUUACUUUUAGGAUUUUCUUUACAGUUCGGCGAAGGCCUUCGCUGCUGGGAGUGCAAUUCCAAGUAUGAUCCUAACUGUGGAGAACCUUUCAAGGAGUACACGAUUGCUCUGGUAGAUUGCAGCCAGAGGUUUCUCAAGCAAAAUAUGGACGCCAAUGCAACCAUUUGCAGGAAGAUAACACAAAGAGUACAAGGUGAUAUGCGGAUCAUUCGCAGCUGCGGAUACUACGAACCAGAAUCCGCAGGUACCUGCAUCACAAGAGCUGGAACCCACCUAGUGUUCAUGCAUUACUGCCAGUGCGCGGGGGAUGGAUGCAACAAGUCCUCGUCCCUCAACGCACCCUCUACACUGUUGCUUGCCUUCAUACUGACUUUGGUGUUCGUUGCUUCGAAGUUGCGCAUCUGCUCUUGAAUGUAAAGACCUCAGCUUUCAGAAAAGAAGCAUCCAAUAUCGCUUGCCAAGUGAGACAGUGGUUUUGAAUUUUGCUUCAGCUUAGUAUUCAUUCUGAUUGGAUGAGAUAAAUGAGAACAUGGAACUGGUGAACAUUCUUUUUAGAUGUGUAUGGCUGAGAUAUAAUACAGUACUUUGAAAAUAUCCUUAACAUAAACUACAAUUAUUAUAUGCAGGAAAGAAAUAGAAGGUGUCCGAGUGUUAUUAGAUUUAUUUAAAAAAAAACAA